UUUCAAGCUAAUUCCACACUCUCUUUCCAACACACCAAUUCCAUCACUGUCAUGAAGUAUAAAUCUACCCGCGGCAAAGUCAACAGCUACACUUUUGAGCAGGCUGUUCUUGCAGGCCUCUCACCAGAUGGUGGUCUCUUUAUCCCAGAUUCGAUCCCUCAGGCUCCUGCUGACUUCUUGACAAAGUGGGCUUCGCUAUCUUUCCAAGAUCUUGCUCUCGAAAUCCUGUCUCUCUAUAUCGACGAUACCGAGAUCCCUCGGAGCGAUCUGAAAGAGCUAGUAGAUCGAUCCUACUCAGCCUUCCGCCACAAGGACAUCACACCCUUGCACAAGGUCAAGGAUGGACUUUACAUCCUUGAGUUAUUCCAUGGUCCCACAUUCGCCUUCAAAGAUGUCGCUCUUCAGUUUGUUGGCAAUCUCUUCGAGUACUUCUUGAAGCGCAGAAACGCAGGCAUUGAGAACAAAGCAGAUAGACACAAGAUUACUGUUGUCGGCGCCACCAGCGGGGACACUGGCAGUGCUGCAAUCUAUGGCCUCCGCAACAAACAAGACCUCGAGGUAUUCAUUCUCUUCCCCACUGGCAGAGUCAGUCCUAUCCAGGAAGCCCAGAUGACUACAGUGUUGGACAAGAAUGUUCACAAUAUCUCGGUCAAAGGCACCUUUGAUGACUGCCAGGAUAUUGUCAAGGGUCUCUUUGCUAACAAAGACUUUAUGAGCAAAUACAACCUCGGCGCCGUCAACUCGAUCAACUGGGCCCGUAUUCUUGCUCAGACUGUCUAUUAUUUCCACUCUUACUUCUCCUUGCUCCGUUCUCUCAACAUCACCCCUGCAUCAGAAGAAGCUAAAGCAGUCCACAUCACCUACUCUGUCCCUACUGGCAACUUUGGAGACAUCUUGGCAGGUUACUAUGCUCAUCAGAUGGGUCUUCCCACUUCCAAGCUUCUGGUUGCUACAAAUGCAAACGAUAUCCUGUAUAGAUUCUUCUGCAACGGUGUGUGUGAGAAGAUUGUGGAUGAGAAUGGUGGUGUGCAGGAGACGCUUAGCCCUGCCAUGGACAUUGUCGUCAGUUCAAAUUUUGAACGUUUGCUGUUCUAUUUGGCUCGUGAUGCUGCUUUGGAUGCAAGUGUGCCUGAAUUAGAUAAAGAUGCAAAGGCAGGCGAGAUUGUCAAUGGUUGGAUGGUCGAUCUGAAGCAGAAGGGACGCUUCGAUACUGGUGCUAAGGUCCUGGCAGAGGCUAAAAGAAUCUUCGAUGCUGGACACGUUUCAAAUGAAGAGACCUGUCAAACUAUUCGUGCAUACAGCUUCCCUGCUGAUGCCUCACAAGCAUCAUACGUCAUGGAUCCUCAUACUGCUGUCGGUGUCCAUGCUGCAGAGACUGUGCUUCCCAAGAUUGACUCACAGAAUAUCGUGAUUUCACUCUCAACUGCACAUCCCGCCAAAUUUUCUGAAGCUGUAGAGAAGGCAUUAAAAGAACAGGAAGGUGUUGUAUUUGAAGAGUUCUUCAAGAAGGUCUCUCCCAAGGAGUUUGAUGGACUCAUGGACGCAGAGCGCAGGGUAACUGUCAUUCCAAGAGCUGAAGAGGCUUUGGUUAUUGAGGUCAUUGCCAAGGAACUUUCAGAAUAGAAUUAAAUAGCCCAACAUUAUAAAUAAUCCGACUUAUGCAUCCCAUAUAUAAAAACAAAUUAGACGCACUCAUUUUU